UCUCAUGUCCCGUCAUGUCACAGAGGCCAAGAAGCUACAUAUCCGUUCAGUAUACCAUUUAAGCUUGGCCCAGAUAACCAAGCUUCAAAGUUUUGUUCUUUUUGCCCGUUGUCUGAUACGAUUUUGGCAUUUGGGUUGCCUGAGUUCAAUGAGGUGGUUCUGAAUCUUCUGAUAUGGUGGAUUGGGUCUGAAUGAGUUCAAUGGAAGAGGGCUCUUGCGUGGCCACACUUGCAGAGCGAGAACUUGCUAGAAGAAGCCACAUUCUGAGCCGAUUGAUUGAAAGAAACAGGGCUCUGGCCAGGCGGGACCUGGAAAGAAAGGCAGAGAAAUUGGCAGUUUCGUCGCCCAGCAGAGUCGAGCCGCCGACCCCUCCCCUGUUUUACAGAAGCAGCCCGCGGCCUGUUCCAGUCCGCGAGUAUGAAGAGGACUUGAAGCAUUUGCAGAGUUUGCGGGCUGAAGUGGAGCAUCUUGGCAAGACGCAGGAGCCUCCCACCACGCCCAAGAUCAAAUGUGAGAAGAGGAAUCCUUGUGUGGGUCAGAAUCGGAGAAGCGAUGCUAAGGGUGUCAUGGUGCUCGUCAAGUCCAGUGAAGGGGCUCGGAGGCGUGAAAUGAGUGGCGCUGCUGCUCCUGCUUGUAAACUUUUGCAUUCGCCGCCAGUUUCGGAGGUGAAUUUGGCGGCGGUGGCAGCUGCGAUGAAAGUGAGAGUGAAGGCCGCCGAUAUGCCGCCGAUUCUGCAAGAGCGCGCUUUUAGAUGCGCUCGACAGUGCUUGGAUUCCAUGGACAAGCUUAACAGCAAGCGAGUUGCCUUGAUUUUGAAGAAGGAAUUUGACACAUCUUAUGGCCAUGCUUGGCACUGCAUUGUUGGAACAAGCUUUGGAUCAUUUGUUACACAUUCUCUGGGAGGGUUCUUGUACUUCUCUGUGGACAAGGUAUCCAUUCUCCUCUUCAAAACUACGGUCGAACCCUUGGACCAAUAGCAUUGUGAAAGUGAUCUUUUUGUAAAGACAAGUGAGAACACCCUAGAAGGAUUUUCAGGGUUGUCACAAACCAGCAACACCAGUAUGUGCUACAGAUCUAUUUUUCUUGAAUACAAAUGGUAGCAACUUGUUGUCUUUAAGAAACUUCAUCAGCUUCAUCAGUUCACUCAAUGGAGUUGGAAGCCAAUUUUCCUGUGUUGGCAUUCAGAAUUGAAAACCAGUUGUUGAAUAAUAUCCACUUCAACUACUGAUGACAACUAGAGCUGUAUGGUGGAGUGCACAUGAUUUUAUGGAGAUGUAACUAGUUUGUAUCUCUGGAUUGAAUAUGCUCAUGUUGUGUUCCCAUGGAAAUCAAGUACUUAAAUUAAUACUACCGAGUAGGAUAACAAUUUUACUGC